AUGGAAAAAGAUAAAUUUUUACAGAUAUUUAAUAAUAUUGUAUUAAAUAAAUUAAUAUUCAAACAUGUUAGUAGCAUACAUGAUGUUGUUUAUAAAGGUUUAGAAAAAUUUAGUUGGUCGGAAUUAAUUAAGUAUCCUGAUAUAAUGGCUGGUAACUCUUAUCUAAAUGAACUUAAACUGUAUUAUACCGAUCAUUCUAUCACUUUUGAUUUUCCAACAAUUGAAGCAGCAAUCAAAAGUGGAAGUUUUGAGAUAUUGAAAUAUCUGGUCGAUAUGCUCAAACUGAUAUCAAGUUCGAGUUUACAUCAAAAAGUUUAUUUCGAUGAUAUCUUAAAAUAUGCAGCGGAGCAUGGUAGUUUGGAGAAAGUCAAAUACAUUUGUGAAGAGUUUUCAAAGAAGAGAUUGAAUUACUAUAAUGCAUUGAUGGUGGCACCGUUAUCUGGAGACAUUGAAAUAGUCAAGUACUUGGCUGAUAAACUGGAGAAUUGUGGUUAUUCACAGAGUAGAAAAGAAGGAGAUAUAAAUACAGAUGUAACUUUUGAUAGUGCUGCCAAAGUCGGACGAAUUGACAUAAUUGAGUGGUUGGCAGAACAUAGAUCAGAAGAUAGAGCUGGUAGUAAUAUGUAUUAUGGUGCAAUUAAUGGUGGACAUCCUCAUAUUGUUCAAUACCUACUCGAUAUCAACGAGCCAAGAAGAGAAGAACCACACGAGAGAUAUGGUACAUUGUUUGACUAUUCAAUCUAUUGCGAUCAAUUGGAAAUAGCAAAACUAUUGCAUCAACAUAACAUCAGAGAAUCAUUUGAAAAUCUAAUAGAUGUAGCUGCAUUAGAUGUAAAUCUUGAUACGAUAAAGUGGCUCAAUGAUAAUACAACUGUUACUGCAACUCAGCAAGCCAUGGACAAUGCAGCAUUUAAAAACAACAUUGAAAUUCUCAAAUGGUUAAAACAACAUCGAACUGAAGGUUGCAGUCACCAUGGGUUUUUAGAUGCCUGUCAUAAAGGUUAUAUGGAAGUUGCACAAUGGUUAUGGUUAAAUUAUCAUGAAACAAUAAUACUUGAACCUAAUGUUGCAAUCGAUGCAGCGAUUGGAAAUGGUAAUCUAGAGCUCGCCAAAUGGUUGUUUACAGAUCUAAAUCAACGACCAUCUGCAUUGGGAAUGGAUCAGGUCGCAAUGAAUAACCACAAACAUAUCCUCAAAUGGCUGGUUGAUAAUUCAUUAUUCUCAUUUUCAACAUCAGCAAUCGAAAAUUUAUCGAGAACUGGCAAUCUCGAGAUGAUAAAAUGGCUCAAUGAAUAUGAUCCAAGUGUAGGAUGUACAGAACGUGCUAUAUAUAUAGCUGUAUAUCAUGGUCAAUUCGAAACAAUGAAGUGGCUCAGAGAGAACAGAACUGAGAUUUCCAGUAUGAAAACACUAAAACAUGGAAUUUACAGAGGAGGUGCAGAAGUUAUCAAUUGGGCAUUGGAUAACUUUGAAAUCGAUUUGGAUCAUAUGCUUAACAAUGCAAUUAUCAUGAAUAAAUCAGAAGAAGUCGAAAUAAUUAUCAAACGGAAUCCCAGCUUUAUUUUGGACAAUAUAUGUAUCUUAGACUCAUUUUUCAAUGCAAAUCAAGAGACCAUCAAAUUUUUCCAUGACAAUAAUAUACCGGGUGUAUUCAAUGACAAGUCGAUGGAGAGUGCAAUCAAAGGAAUGCAGAUUCCACUUGUUAAAUGGCUCUAUGAGAAUAGAAGUGACUGUCAAUGUACAAUUGCUGGCUUUGUUGUUGCCAUUGAAACAGGACAUAUGGAGAUGAUCGAAUAUCUCUUGUCUAAACAUCCAGAGUUUGCCAAUCAAUUAACAAAACCAAAUGAACUUCUUAAACAUUAUUUUAAAAAGGACGAUAUCGAAAUGAUUGAAUUCAUUUUGGAAAAGAUCAACUUCUCAAAGAAAGUUCUAAAUCAAUAUCAACGAUCGAUAAAAUCCAAAGAUUAUUCAAAAAUUUCAAAACAACUGCUACAAGAUAUCAUAUCAAAAGAAAAUAUAUCUCCUAAACAAAAGAUUUUAAUUGAAAAAUAA